AUCACGACACGGAAGAUUUACAGAAGCUUCUUUCUUCAACUAAAGUGAAUGGAGUUUCUUAACGGAUGUUACGCGUGUCAUGGAUAGCUGCUGCAAGUGUCAAGCAAACGGGGGCUUUUUCAUGCCAAUAUCUCCUGAGGAAGAAGUCGGUGUAGUCAAAAGCCGAGAAGCAAAAGAAGCCGGCAGGCAGCACACUUCCGGUGGCACACACGCACAUGGGCAGAUGCGACAAAACGCCAUUUUCCGUCAUAUGGAAUGACAUCCCAAGGUUUCACCCGUGAUCUUUGGUCAAUGGGUUUUGCAAGUCAUCCUUCCUUAUACGGCGGCAAAGACAAGCGCCUGUUUGUUCGAUAUGGAGAAGAUUCUCCGCAGCACGGAUCACUUCUUGACUCUGAAUGGCGCACCAACGAUGUGAGCACGGCCUGCGAGCACUCUCUGGGCAAACUUGGCAUUCCUGAGGCUCAAACCCUUGCCCUCUCUCUCACAGGCAGCUGCAUGCUUCUGCUGCAAGCAUGCCACGGGAAGCUGGGGUUGGAUCGUGACCAGGCUGGUCUGUGGACGCCCGGUCGUCUCGCCUACGGCUUUGUCUGAUGUGAUAGGGUUGACAUGGGGGACCUGUUGCAUCUCCAGACCGGCAUCCGUCACCUAUCGCCGUCCUCUUCUCCCUUCAACCCUUCACCUAGACGCUCCGCAGAGACACCCGCACGCAUACGAAUUGCAUAUGUACGCUGUAGGUUAGCAUGUGCUCCGUACGGGCGCAUGGCAUGGCGCGUAGGAGCAUCGACCGACUGCUUUCUUUGUCCUUGGUGCUCCGUAGGCGCUACUGCUA